GGGGUGGCGUGGGGGGGUUGUGUUUCCACCCCCCUCCCCCAGUGUCUCCCAGUCCACCCGCCCUGCGCUUAUUCUGCGCUGCACCCCCAGACCAACCAGGGUCCCCCCCCCAACCCUCGCACUCCCGGGCACAGAUGGGGGUCUGCCCGGGCCGGGGGGGGGGGGGGCGCAGCAGCAACGUGUCAGCUGCAGGAGCCGGAGCCAGCCCACAAAUGGCUGCAAGGGCUGAACCUCAGCCACACAGUGGGGGUCCUUGGGCUGGGGGGGGGGGAGCUGCUGCCAUAGCAACGACCCAAAAAAUCUGCCCUGCCAAUCAAACCUUCAAUAGCCCCUCAGACCCUUAUUCACCUCACCCACUUCCUAAAAGCACUUGGUGGGCGCCAGAAAAGGUUGGGAGGGCACCACGUUGAGGGUUCCUGACUUUGACAGAUCCUCCGUCUGAUCCAGCUGCUUUGGCUGACUGCAAAAGAGAUCUGCAGUGUCCUUUGAGGAGGUCGCCGUGUUCUUCACGGAGGAGGAAUGGGCUCUGCUGGAUUCAGGGCAAAGAAAACUCUACCGGGAAGUUAUGGAGCGAAAUUACAAGACAGUGGGCUUUCUGAGGAACUACCUUUCCCAGAAGGCCUUGCAAGUGCCAGAGAGGUCAAUCUUGCCUAUUGUCGCUGUCCAGGGAGCAGUUUUUCCUAGAGAAGAAAAAAUAUGCAAUAUGGAAUUCCACCAAGUCUCUCUUCUUUCUUGUUUCCCCCGGCUGGAGGGAGAGUUUGGUUCUUGCGCAUCUGCAGGAAAGACACCCACAGUGUCCUUUGAGGAGGUCGCCGUGUUCUUCACGGAGGAGGAGUGGACUCUGCUGGAUCCAGGCCAAAGAAAACUCUUCUGGGAAGUUAUGGAGGAAAAUUAUGAGACCGUCACCUCUCUGGCUGCAGGAGUGAGGGAGAUGGUAACAGAAAAGGUUUCAAGAAGGCUUGUUGUGGGGAAAGACAAAGACCUGCAGAUGGAAGCGAAAUCUGGAGAUCAAACGGCGUCAAAGCAAAAGCGCAGAAAGAAAAGAGAAGCAAAAGAGAAGCAAAAGAAGAAAUUGGCUGACUUUCAGAGCAGAAAUCAACCUGAGAUCUCAGCCCAAGAGGAAAUACAGCAGAGAAACACAAGGCAUAAGGGUGCAUUAAAAGACUCAAGGUUCCGCUGGAACACAUAUAAAUGCCUAGAGUGUGGGAAGAGCUUCUCUUGCAGUAGCAGCCUAACUAAGCAUCAGAAGCUUCACAGAAGGCAAAAGCCAUAUAAGUCUCCGGAGUGUGGAAAAUGCUUCUCUCAUAAUGUUCAAUUUACUGCCCAUCAAAAGGUUCACCUGGGUGAGAAGCCAUAUAAAUGUCUGGAAUGUGGAAAGUGUUUCACCUGGAAAAGUCGGCUAACUGUACAUCACAGGGUUCACAUAGGGGUGAAGCCUUAUGAAUGCCUGGAGUGUGGAAUGUGCUUCUCGCAGAGUGACCAACUAAAUGUACAUCACAGGGUUCACACAGGGGAGAAGACUUAUAAAUGUCUGGAAUGUGGAAAGUGCUUCACCUGGAAAAGUCAGCUAACUGGACAUCAAAAGGUUCACACAGGGGAGAAGUCUUAUAAAUGUUUGGAAUGUGGAAAGAAUUUCUCUUAUAUUUGUCACUUAAGAACACAUCAAUGGGUUCAUUUUAAAAAAAAGGAACUUUAUAAAUGCCUGGAGUGUGGAAAGAGCUUCUCUUGCAAUCGCAACCUAAUAUCACAUCAAAGGAUUCACACAGGGGAGAAGCCUUAUAAUUGCUUGGAGUGUGAAAAGUGCUUCAAAAGGAAAGAUCAACUAACUGUACAUCACAGGAUUCAUACGGGGGAGAAGCCUUACAAAUGCCUGGAGUGUGGAAAGACCUUCUCUUGCAAUCGCAACCUAAUAUCACAUCAAAGGAUUCACACAGGGGAGAAGCCUUAUAAUUGCUUGGAGUGUGAAAAGUGCUUCACUAGGAAAGAUCAACUAGCUGUACAUCACAGGAUUCAUACGGGGGAGAAGCCUUACAAAUGCCUGGAGUGUGGAAAGACCUUCUCUUGCAAUCGCAACCUAAUAUCACAUCAGAGGGUUCACACAGGGGAGAAGCCUUAUAAGAGCCUGGAGUGUGGAAACAGCUUCUCUUGCCAAAGCAAUCUAACUAAACAUCAAAUGGUUCACACAGGGGAGAAGCCAUAUAAAUGCUUGGAGUGUGGAAAGUGCUUCACUCGGAAAGAUCAACUAACUAUACACCAGAGGGUACACAGUGGAGAGAAGCCAUAUAAAUGCUUGGAGUGUGGAAAGUGCUUCACUAGGAAAGAUCAACUAGCUGUACAUCACAGGAUUCAUACGGGGGAGAAGCCUUACAAAUGCCUGGAGUGUGGAAAGACCUUCUCUUGUAAUGGCAGCCUAUUUCAGCAUCAAAGGAGUCACACAGGUGAGAAUCCUUAUAAAUGCCAGGAAUGUGGAAAGAGCUUCUCUAGCCAAAGCAAUCUAACUAAACAUCAGAUGGUUCACACAGGGGAGAAGCCAUAUAAAUGCUUGGAGUGUGGAAAGUGUUUCUCUCGAAAUAGCCAUUUAACUAUACAUCAGAGGGUUCACACUGGGGAGAAGCCAUACAAAUGCCUGGAGUGUGGAAAAUGCUUCUCUCGAAGUAGCCGACUAAGUGUACAUCAAAGGAUUCACACUGGGGAGAAGCCAUACAAAUGCCUGGAGUGUGGAAAGUUCUUCUCGCGGAGCGACCAACUAAAUGUACAUCAGAGGGUUCACACAGGGGAGAAGCCUUACAAAUGCCUGGAGUGUGAAAAGACCUUCUCUUUUAAUAGUGGCCUAAGUAAACAUCAAAGGAUCCACACUGGUGAGAAGCCAUAUAAAUGCUUGGAGUGUGGAAAGUGCUUCUCACAAAGUAGCCAACUAACUGUACAUCAAAGGGUUCACAGAGGAGAGAAACCAUAUAAAUGUUUGGAGUGUGGAAAGUGCUUCUCUCAAAGUAGCCAACUAACUGUACAUCAAAGGGUUCACAUAGGGGAGAAGCCAUAUAAAUGCUUGGAGUGUGGAAAGUGCUUCUUUCGAAAUAGCCAACUAACGAAACAUCAGAGGGUUCACACUGGGGAGAAACCAUAUAAAUGCUUGGAGUGUGGAAAGUGCUUCUCUCAAAUUAGCCACCUAACUGUACAUCAGAGGGUUCACACUGGAGAGAAACCAUAUAAAUGCCUGGAGUGUGGGAAGUGCUUCUCGCGGAGUGCCCAACUAAUCAUACAUCAGAGGGUUCACACAGGGGAGAAGCCUUAUAAAUGCAUGGAAUGUGGAAAGAGCUUCAUUCGGAUUGAUCAGCUAACUGUUCAUCACAGGGUUCACACAGGGGAGAAGCCAUAUAAAUGCCAGGAGUGUGGAAAGACCUUCUCCUCCAGUUACGCUGUAAGAACACAUCAGUGGGUUCACACAGGGGAGAAGCCUUACAAAUGUCUGGAGUGUGAAAAGACCUACUCUCGUAAAAGUGAUCUAACUCAACAUCAAAGGAUUCACACAGGUGAGAAGCCAUAUAAAUGCUUGGAGUGUGGAAAGUGCUUCACUUGGAACGGUCAGCUAACUAUGCAUCACAGGGUUCACACAGGAGAGAAGCCUUACAAAUGCCAGGAGUGUAAAAAGACCUUCUCUCUUAAUCGUGACCUAAGGAAACAUCAGUGGGUUCACAUAGGAGAGAAGCCAUAUAAAUGCUUGGAGUGUGGAAACACCUUCUCUUGUAAUGGUGACUUAGAUAAACAUCAAAGGGUUCACACUGGAGAGAAGCCAUGUAAGUGCCUGGAGUGUGGAAAGAGCUUCUCUCAUAAUGGUCAACUAACGAAACAUCAGAGGGUUCACACGGGGGAGAAGCCAUAUAAAUGUUUGGAGUGUGGAAAGUGCUUUUCUCAAAGUAGCCACCUAACUAUACAUCAGAGGAUUCACACUGUAGAGAAGCCAUAUAAAUGCUUGGAGUGUGGAAAGAUCUUCUCUUGUAAUGGUGACCUAAGAAAACAUAAAAGGAUUCACACAGGGGAGAAGCCAUAUACAUGCUUGGAGUGUGGAAAGAGCUUCUCGCGGAAUGACCACCUAAACUUACAUCAACGGGUUCACACAGGGGAGAAGCCAUAUAAAUGCUUGGAGUGUGGAAAGAGCUUCUCACGGAAUGGCCAUCUAAAAGUACAUCAGUGGGUUCACACAGGGGAGAAGCCAUAUAAAUGUCUGGAAUGUGGAAAGAGCUUCACUCUGAAUGGUUAUCUAACUGUACAUCAGAGGGUUCAUACAGGGGAGAAGCCUUAUAAAUGCCUUGAAUGUGGAAAGAACUUUUCUUAUAGUCGUGACUUAAGAACACAUCAAUCGGUUCACAAAGGUGAGGAACCUUAUAAAUGCAUGGAAUGUGGAAAGAGCAUGUCUUCCAAUCGCACCUUUAGAAUACAUCAAAGGAUUCACACAGGGGAGAAGCCAUAUAAAUGCCUAGAGUGUGGAAAGUGCUUCUCUCAGAAAGGCCAAUUAACUGAUCAUCAGUGGGUUCAUACAGGGGAGAAGCCAUAUAAAUGCCUGGAGUGUGGAAAGAGCUUCCCUUGCAAAAGCAGCCUAAGUAAACAUCAAAGGGUUCACUCUGGGGAGAAGCCAUAUAAAUGCCUGGAGUGUGAAAAGACCUUCUCUUCUAAUUAUGCUCUAAAUCAUCAUCAAAGGAUUCACACAGGGGAGAAGCCAUAUAAAUGCUUGGAGUGUGGAAAGAGCUUCUCGUGGAAUGACCGACUAAACGUACAUCAACGGGUUCACACGGGGGAAAAGCCAUAUAAAUGCCUGGAAUGUGGAAAGAGCUUCUCACGGAAUCGCCGUCUAAAAAUACAUCAACGGGUUCACAUUAGUAAUCCUCGGUUUCCGUUAGUAAUCCGUCCGAGAAUAAUCAAACCGAAACCGAUGAACACAGAGGCAACCUUUUCCAUAGGAAUCAAUGUAAAUCCAAUUAAUCCAUUCUAGGCACUCCAAAAACACAUUUUUGGUGAAUAAACAUAGUGUUUAAUGCUGAAA